AUGAAGGAUCUUCGGGAUGGCCCCGCAACCAAGUUGAUCGGCUGUAUGUUGCGGCGCGUGGCGGAAAGCCAGAAACUUCUAGCGGCGCGUGUGAGCGCUUUCGCAGUCCAUUGGCGGCUUCUUGACGGAUUUGAGACCAACGGCAGUAGAUCUAUGGAACAGCGUUGCAACCUGGUUGAUCCACCGGAUGUGGCUACGAGUGGACAACACAGCAUCACCUUUUGGCGGCGCAUGGUAGUGCAUUCGGAGGAUGUUGGUGACCGGUCUUCCACAGAUUGCCUCUCUACCUCCAUUCUCAAUCUCAACCAAGAAAAGCUCAGAGAAAACCUCCAUCAAAUGGCUUCUUCAACUCUCCGAUUAUCUUCAUCAUCUUCUUGUUCCAGGCAUAUCAAUGCUGCUAUUCAUGUCCCUAAACUUCCUAAAGUCAUCACUUAUUUCUCGGUUCCAAAAGUACCAACAAGAAAGCUGGUUGAGGAAUUGAAGAUAAGGGAGGGAUUCACGAGCAUAGUCCCGGUAGAAAAGAUCAAUGAGAUCACUACCACAUCAACUGAUGACAAAAUUGCAACUACCCAACUCUAUGCCAUCUUAGAGGCCGUAGCUGACAGGGAGGAGAUGCACGCAAACAUGGGAAAACAGCGUGAAAACUGGAAUACCCUACUUCUCAACUCCGUCAACAUGAUAACCCUCACUGCUGCCACUAUGGCUGGUGCUGCAGCCAUUGGUGGCGCCGGAAUGCCCCUUUUGGCUUUGAAACUGUCGUCCACUCUCUUAUAUUCUGCAGCCACUGGGAUGUUGCUUGUGAUGAACAAAAUUCAGCCUUCACAGCUUGCAGAGGAGCAACGCAAUGCUACGAGAUUGUUCAAGCAGAUCCAUACCCAAAUCCAAACCAUGAUGGCUCUCGGGAAUCCAACUGAAGAAGAUGUGAAGGAAGUGAUGGAAAAGGUUUUGGCCGUCGACAGAGCAUACCCACUUCCCUUGAUAGGAGCCAUGCUUGACAAAUUCCCUGCAAAGUUUGAGCCAUCUGUUUGGUGGCCUUCAAAUCAGCAACUCCAGAAGAAAAACAAGUCCUGUGAAGGAAAGCAACGAGGUCAGAAGAAUAAUGGGUGGAGUGAGGAAAUGGAAGUAGAAAUGCGAGAGAUCGUCGAGGUGGUGAAGAGAAAGGACAUUGAGGACUACGAAAGGCUAGGCAACUUGGUGUUGAAGAUCAACAAGGUUUUAGCCAUCUCAGGUCCAUUACUCACUGGCAUUGCAGCCGUCGGAUCUGCUUUCGUUGGUAACGCCUCAUGGGCUGCAGUAGUAGCGGUGGCUGCGGGGGCUUUAGGUAGCGCGGUUAAUGCAUUCGAACAUGGUGGCCAAGUUGGGAUGGUGUUUGAGAUGUAUAGAAACUGCACUGGCUUCUUCCAAUUACUCCAAGAAUCCAUUGAAGUCACACUUGAGGAAAGAGAUUUGGAGAAAAGAGAAAACGGAGAGUUGUUUGAAAUGAAUAUGGCUUUAAAAUUGGGGAGAAGCUUGUCAAAUCUCAAAGAACUAGCCAGAAAGUCAGCUUCUUCACGUAUAGAUGGAACCGACAUAGAUGAAUUCGCUAGCAAGCUCUUUUAG